AUAAUUCCUGGCAAAGCACUCUUUUGAAGCAAGUUUUGCCGCAAAAAAAAUUCUGAGAUUUUCUUCAAAAACCCCUGCAAGCAAAUCAAGGCACAAAUUGAAGAGACAAGAAUUAUUUAUAUGAAGCAACGGGACUUGUGCUGAGCAAGCAGAAUCAUGUGCUUUCUGUUAAACAGUUGUCAAUAGCCAAUCUACAGACUGUAAAACAAUUCACUUCGAUUUAAAAGUCCAAAGAAAAGGGCAGGAAAUCUGGACAAGAACCCGCCCAAAAUACAGAGAUUUCGUUGGAUGCAUUUCUGUAUGAAAUGGUUUUCAAGAAAGUAGUGGGUUUGGUGAUGGGGUGUUUUGGAUUGUCAAAGCAGCCUACAAGACCUGCCCCUUGUGCUGAAAAUAGUGGAUCUCUGCAAAUUGACGAAAUAGUUUGUAAUUCUCCAAGGAUCAGAUUGAGUGAUGGAAGAUUUUUGGCUUACAGGGAGAGAGGAGUCCCCAAGAACGAGUCCAACUACAGAGUUAUUGUUGUUCAUGGCUUUGGCAGCUCCAAAGAAAUGAACUUUAUGGCAACCCAAGAACUUUUGGAUGAGUUGAGUAUAUAUCUUUUGCUAUUUGAUCGAGCUGGAUAUGGUGAAAGUGAUCCAAAUCCAAAAAGAUCAUUAAAAAGUGAGGCAUUUGACAUAGAAGAACUAGCCGAUAAGUUACAGUUAGGAUCCAAAUUCUACGUAGUUGGAGUCUCCCUUGGAUGCUAUCCCGCCUGGAGUUGCCUCAAUUGUAUACCAAACAGGCUUGCUGGUAUUUCGCUUGUGGUUCCAUAUAUAAAUUAUAAAUGGCCAUCUCUUCCUGCUGAUUUGACUAAAGAUGACUAUAGGAGGGGGCUUUCCCGGUGGAUGUAUAUAGUUGCAUGCUACGCUCCAGGAUUAUUACAUUGGUGGCUGACUCAGAAGUUGUUUCCAUCAUCUACUGUCCUUGACAGAAACCCUGCAUUUUUUAGUAACAAAGACUUGGAGGUAUUGAAGAACACACCCGGUUACCAAUUGCUCAGUCAGAACAAGCUAAGGGAGCGAAGCGUGUUCGACUCUCUGCGCCGUGAUUUCAUGGUUGCUUUUGGAAAGUGGGACUUUGAUCCCAUGGAUUUACACAAUCCAUACGCUGAAAUGGAAAGUUCAGUUCAUAUAUGGCAAGGUUACGAGGACAAGGUCGUGCCGUUUCAAUUACAAAGAUAUGUCUGGAAUAAACUACCUUGGAUUAGAUAUCAUGAAGUUCCUGAUGGAGGUCAUUUACUAGUUUAUGAUAGUGCAGUAUGUGAAGCCAUUUUGAGGUCUCUUCUGGUUGGAGAAGAUUUUCCUUUGUACAGACCUCAAUAAGUUAAUUCAUCGUCUGUUCGUUCAUUCUUCUCAUCCAUCGAUGAACAUGUAAGUAGUUUGAUUUCUAUUGUGCGAAUACAGAGAGUGACAUUUUUAUUUGUUUCAAGAAACAAUCAUCUGUAAAUGAAAAUGCAAUAGUUCAAA